AAAUUGCAGCUGGGUAUCUCGCAUUCCGAGAUUCUUACCUAUCUAAUUUAACCUUAUUUGAUUGGACUAUAAAUAAGGGUUUGCCAACAAAAGCAUGCGCAACUCACUCACUACCAACCGGCACCACCCCUCCGUGGUCCGUUACCCGCGUCACCCCGCGUCAGCCAGCGGCGUCACGCGUCCGUCACUCGCCGUCGCGUCAGUCUCAUUUCUGCCGGCCGGCUAGUAAUGACGUUUCCGUUUGGCGCUCUUUGCGCUGUUGAGUGUUGCGCUUGGCAUAAUAUUUUCCUUUUAGGUAUUCUUCAGAUUGUGUUUGAAUAAUGAGUUGGCGGACGAUAUAGUUUAAGUUUCAUUAUAGUUUAAUUUUAAUUUUGAGACAGAUUUUCAUUAGUUUGAGUAACAAUGUUGAAAAUGUGUUCCGAUGAUUCGUUGGCGGAUUUCAUCGAUGGUCUUGAAUUGAGUUUUGUGGACGAUGAAUUAGCAGGAAGAACGUCCUCGCGUCAGGCGGCAGCCGUGGACGACAGUGGCGAUGCCGCCCAAGACGCGAGCAGUGCUGCCCCAAAUAACACGACACCAACGAACUUGCCCGAGUCACAUGAAGGUGUAGCUGGUCAGCAAAAUAGAACGACAGGUUCUCAUACCCCCUCGCUACCUAUAGUGCUUUUAAAAAGACUCUGUGAAACAAACCCGUGCAGUGACAAAACGAAAUCUGUCGCUAAGCCUCAUGAACUUGUAGUGGAAGAGACAAGAGAUGACAAGACAGUAGUAGGCAUUGAAUAUAAUAAAGCAGAUAGGCGACUACUGUUAGGGGACAGUUCUAUAAGCAUUAAGUCUAGUCCUGGAGAUUUUGAUUGCAAUGAUGAUGAAUGCUACACAGAUAGCCACGUAGUUGAUACAUUAAUAGACUUCCUUCAAUCUGAAAACGGCGACCAAGAACCUCAGACUAUUGAACAACAUAACUUAAACGAAGAUAUUAAUGUCACAGAGCCUUGCACUAUGGACAAGGAGUCUAGUACUAAAGGAAAAUCAAACACUAAAGGAAAAGCUAAUACUAAAGGAAAAAGCUGCACUAAAGGUAAAAUCAGUAAUGAAGGCAAAGCACCCCGUGCUAGAGGUAACGCCAAUAGUAAAAAAUCCAGUAAUAAAGGAAAAACGACCAGAAUUAAUACCAUGAAUAUAAAUGAACAAAAAACAUAUGCAAUGACUUUGCGCCAACGGCGUUUAAGUAACGGUAAGGUCCGCGCAGUUACCGCCAAAAAGUUACAAGCAUUAAAAGGACAACUUGUGACAGCGAAUAUAAAUCCAUCAUCAGAAUUUUCGAUCGAUGAGAGACUAUCGAGAUACUGCGCCCAGAUUAACAAAACCAAUAAGAAAUCGACAAAUAAGCGAGGCCAAACUAGUGACCCUUUCACUCCAGAUAUGAUAUUUGCUGCACCGAGUUAUCCAAAGAGGAUUUGUGUGCCCCUAUUUCUGCCAGACCCAAUAUCGAAACGGUUACAAAUCCUUCCGGCAGAACGUGUCGCUGGACCUAGUGGAUUACAAAAUACUAUAUUAGAGCCUGUGGCCGCAUCUAGUGGUUUACAAAGGGUAACCACGGAACCAGUAGCGGGACCUAGUGGGUUACAAAGGGUUACCACGGAGCCAGUAGCGCGACCUAGUGGGUUACAAAGGGUAACCACGGAGCAAGUAGCGGGACCUAGUGGACCACAAAAAGUAAUAUCGGCACCAGUGGCUGGGCCUAGUGGGCUACAAAGAGUAACCACAGAGCCAGUGGGCGGGCCUACUGGAGUACAAAUGGCAAUCACGGAGCCAGUAGCGGGUCCCAGUGGGCUACCUUUCGGAUCACCCAGUAAUUUGUCUAAAUAUAUAAGUGCACAGAAAAGAAAUACAUCUGAAAGACUUCAAGGUAUAAUAUCUAAAGUGUACUAUGAAAACAACCCUGAAGUUGCACAUCUUGUUGAGCAACCCCGCCCUAACGUUGAGGCACCCCGACCCCAAGCUAAUGUUGAAAUGCCCCGAGCUGCCGUUCAAAGUCGGAUUGUUGAUCGCCAUAUUAUUAUGUUAAACAACGUAUACCGAGAGGGUGAUGACGCCGACAUCGAAGCCAAUUCUGACGAUCAGCUAGAACAAGACGACUACGACGGCAGAGGAAGUGAUGAACGGAUUAGUGACGAUGACUUAAACGAAUCUAGCGCAGAUACUACUCAGACGCAUGCUGUAGGCGGCGUAUUGCACGAAGGUCCAGUAUUUAGACCCACAAAGGAAGAGUUCCAAAAUCCUAUGGCGUAUUUUAUGAAGAUUUGGGACGAAGCGUGCGAAAUUGGUAUUUGUAAAGUAAUUCCACCUCCAGGUUGGAGACCGACAAGCCAAAGCAGUGAUGGACUUCGGUUCGAUAUACAGAGACUUUAUGUAUCUCGUAUAUUGAACCGAUGGGGUUCAUCUAUGCGAGAAUUGGCUUGUAUGAAGUUUUGUGCAUCGCGCACAAAUGGUUCUCCUUGCAACACACCAACGAUUGGAGGUAUGGAAGUUAAUUUGCCUAAGUUAUACCACAGCGUGCAACGACACGGUGGACUACAACACGUAAUUGGUAAGAAAUAUUGGGGGCGAGUUGCACGCGACAUGAACUUGUCUACGAGUUUAAAGUUUCAAAAUAGACUGAAAUAUGUUUACGCGAGGUACCUUCUACACUAUGAUUCACUUUCGCCAACUGAAGGACAGGUAAUCUUUGGUAUGAUCGAAAAGGCAUGGAGUCGGAAAAUCCAAAGGCUGUUGGACCGGGCACUGAACCCCUUGCGUGCACAGAGACGUCUGAUGGGAUUGACUGAUACUGAAGAAGAACCUGAGGAACAUUCUCCGGAAAUGAAUGCUGUCAAAGAGGCAGAAGACUGCAUCGUGCGAGGCCCAAUUAUGAACUACUCUAGGUUUAAAGAGCUCGCCGAGUCUACGUACAGUAUCGUUUAUGGUUAUGGAAUCACUCGAGAGAACAACCCAUUGAGUCUCGAUCAGAAAGAAGAGUUGUACUGGCGCUACGUGGUUCAGGGCAACGAGCACGUAUGUGUCGCCACCGCCGCCAUUGAUACAGGCUCCGACCCCUCGCGAGGAAACAGCCGCACGUUAACCUUGAAGAAUAUUAGCCAGAAUAAACACAAUAUCCUCCGCUUUCUGGGUCCUGUGUCCGGCUUAACUGCCCCCACCUUAAACCUGGGGAUGGCAUUCUCAACAAACUGCUUCUACUUGGACCCCCACGCUGUCUCGUCUCUGGAUUUAUUGUAUAAAGGGGAUCCAAGGAUAUGGUAUGCGAUUCCAGCCAAGCAUAGUAAGAACUUCAGGAAGGCAGUGAGCACUCUCUGUCCCUCUUUUUGUCAAAGGAAAUCUCUGUGGCUCUCACCUAACACAGUUAUGAUACCGCCCCAGCUUCUGCGGGAGUACAACGUGUCGGUGACACGGGUCGUACAGGAGGAAAAUGAGAUAAUAUUGGCUUUUCCCUACUGUUACACCUCGUCUAUAAACACGGGCUAUUCUGAAUCAGAGAGCAUGAAUUUCGCACCGGUUUCCUGGUUACAUUCCGCCUACGAAGUGUUCAAGGAGGCUCGUGAGAACGGUGAGUGUACAACAUUCUCACUCGAAGAGCUGCUAGUGCGGAUAGGCAAAGCGAGUGAUGUGGACAGGACCACCCUCAUGGUUGCACAACCGAUUUUUGAUAAAAUCCUGAGAAAUGAGCUUACAAACAGGCUAAUCUUGCAAGAGAGAGGCAUGAAAAUGGUGCACCGGCCCGAAGUCCAUCAACCGAAAAAUACUGGUCGUCGCAGAAGACGAAACAGAACAUUCAUUCAAGAAGAAUGUGAAUACUGUAGAGCCACGCUGUUCUUCUCUAAGGUGGUCGGCUUAGUGCGGAACUCAUAUCUGUGCUUAGAACACGCACGUCGGAGCCAGAGGCCGUCGGAUUUGGAGCCAGAAGACUACGGUGAUUAAACUGUUACUGGAUAAUAGAUUCCAACGUGUUUCCAAAAGCACGUUAUAGAUAUACCAUAUUAUUAUAUCUUAAUCUUGACGUUUUACACCGUAGUUUAAAUAUUAAUAAUAUAAUAUCGUGUCGUAAAGUUUUAUACAAAGGCAUUAAUUACAUUUUGUACUCACGAAAUAUAGAUGUUCACCUAGAACUAUUAAACGCAUGGGAAAUAAACCGCAAAAUUUAGAAAAUUCAUAAGGGAUUCCGGCGUAGGGACGUGACGACCCCAUCGCCCGUUGGUGGGACAGUGUUCCAACUGAACUGUCUCAUCGGCGCAAUCAGUCAGCACCAGGCGACGGUUAGUCUCAAUAAAACUUAUCUACCAGGGAACUUGGCUACUAGAGACGAGAACUUGUGUCGCCACGCGUGACACAAGAAAUUGUAUCUCUAGUAGUCGAGUCUAUAGAAAGAUAGGAUAUUGAGACGAGCCAUCAAGCGCAAUUCGGACAUAGCGCUUACAAUCAACAUCCACGGUGCACUGGCCCAACUGUACUCUGUGGCCUUUUUUGUUAGUUAUUUUUUUCAGUUAUUUUAUUAAAACGUUCAAAAAGAAAAACAGUUAAGUUUCAGAAAGUGGUUUCAUAUCGGUUCACGAAUGUUACUUGCGGUUGUAAAUUUCAAAGUUUAUGGAUGUUACACUGUUUCAGAGUUUAAUAGGCAAAUGUGUUAUUAUGUGAUGUUGUUGGUGUGUUCUUUGUAGACCGUUAGCUUCACUUUACUCAUUAGAAAUCGGUUGAAACUAGACAAUCAAUUGGCAGACUCCAAAAGGAAGAAAAAAACACAAAAUUUCCUCAACAUCUAAAACAUGUAUCAUCUCAUAUCGUUUAACCACAGUGUGCCUUACAAAGGAACAGUAUCACUGACCCGUUGUGUUGCGUUUCUUUAGACAUAUCUACUAAAAUACAUAAUAAAUUUCCAUUCCGCCAGAAGCGCGCUUGAUUAUCUCCUAAAAGUUACGACAGAAAUGUAUUAUGCAAUAGUGCAAUCUCUAUGCAAACAACUCCCAACAACAUCCGACCAACUUGUUGAUACACGGUAGUUAGUAAAUUAAUAUGAAAAGGGUAACUGACCAAUUCUAAAUUAUAGGUAAUUUUUGUAGUUCACUCAACAUUUCAAAAUACAAUGUUACUGUUAUAAUCCUGAUUAUUCCAUAAUGUCGGGUACCUUAUUCAUAGUCCUAGAUAGAUAAUAAUUUGUAAGUAGUUCAAUUCAAUAUUAGUACCAAUUGUUUCACCAUCAUUAGGACCACUUGGGAGACCUGUGUCUCGGUUCGACCAGAAUUUAACCAAGGUCAAGGGGAAGGUGUGGGUGAGUUUACACCACACCCAGCACCCACCCCCCAUCCCCAAAAAGCCAGUAGAGUACUUGUGGUGCAGCAGCUCUGAUAUUGUGGGUAUCCAUUAGUUUACCGGCAUGUCCUAAAAUCGAAAAAAUACCCACAUUUCAGGCAAGACGUCCAACCGGCCGAUCUGGAACUUCAGGAGAGGCUUGUGGACGUCUGUGGUUGUUAGUUAAAUUUCUUAGAUAGUUCAAUUUUAUACAACUACAUGAAUGUAAUGUAAUGUAUAACAUAACAUAUUAUGUGGUUGUAGUUAAUCGUUAUGUGUAGCCAAUUUCGUUGGUAGGUGACAAUUGUUGAUUUAUUUACAUUCCGCUUGAGGCCCGGAGGUAUUAUAGCGUAACCGCGGCGGAAUUUAGUCAAUACAAUAAAAGUUGCGCGGGUAAAUACCGCCGCGGGUCAGCCCUAGUGCGGCCGGGCCUAAGGUAACAUUCGUAAAUUGAGUGCAUAAGACUUUCUGAAACAACGUAUCACUGUCAUCUCUUAUGGACUUCGGUUUUAUUUUUGCAACUCCCAAUAACAAUUAUCAAUUUUUACAUGUAACCAGUAUUCAUAUUGUUUAUUUUUUUAAGUUAAAUAUUAGUUGGGAGACAUAUUAAAACAGUACCUACAAAUUCAAACGUACUGGAAAGUUCUUUAUAAUUGUAUUUCUUGUGCUUUUGUUACAUAUAUGUAUGUUAAGUUAAACUUAUUAGUCGGAAAAUCUCCUUUGUCGUCGGUGGAUAGAGAUGCCUCGUCAUCCUAUUUUGAUAAGAAUAUUUAGAGACCUGGAGCGAGGAAUAUCUUUAAUAAUUUGUCUAUUGUUCCUUUUGAAGCAGUGCUUGUACUCGGACUUACAAUUUGUGCCAAAGAAGGCAUUGUGUAAAUGUACACUACUUAUACAGUAUGUUAACUAACAGAGGGCGUUCUUUUAAACUCGUUAAUCUAUAUCAUUAUUAUGAAAUAGAUGGGUUCACCAGGAAAGCCAAUCCGAUGAAUCAUAUGUCUACCGACGUUAUACAGACAAUGUUGGAGAUGAUUGCGUUCGUGACUAACAACUACGAGCAAGUGGCCGCCAGCCUCCUUUACCGGCACACACACAGACCUCAAAUCGACAAUCUACAGAUCAAAAAAAUAAGUUUAGUCGAAAUGUCACGACUUUGUUUGGGGCAUAUGUAAUGAAGGUGCUCAGUGUAAAUUUCGACACGAGUUAAAUGUGAAAUAUAUGAAAGAAAUCUUUGAGGUUUUGUCACGAUUAUCAGAACAAAACAGGUUCUGAUAAUAGACCAAAUUGCACGUAUUUGCAUGCAAGUAGAGAGGAAGAGAAUCUCUUUUUAAGUCUUGAAUUGGAACUUGAUACCGGAAUAUUUACCAUGUUUUUCAUUUUUAUGAGUUUUCAAUAUUUCGGCACUGUUGCAAGCGCCAUGAUCACGGAUAAACUGAGUUUAUCAUAGCAGUUUUUCCGUGAUCAUGGCGCUUGUAACAGUGCCGAAAUAUCGGAAAAAUUGAAAUAAUGGUAAAUAUCGCGUUUCAAGUUCCAAUUCUAGUGUUAGUGACCAUGUCAGUUUAAAAACUCUUUUUAACUGCUGGACAAAUACCUAGAUAGAGCUCUAGCGGAAAGAUGUGCAGCUAUGUCUAACGCGCCUAUGAAUAUGUAUGUGAACGAAUAUUUACUUAUAGAAAAAUAAUCAAUAAAUUGCAACGUUUCUUUAACGUAUCGAUUUAAAAAUUUUGGUAAAUAUUUUAAUAUUUAAAAAUAUAAAAUUGUCUUGUUUUUGAAUGAUAACUUUUUUUAGCAUGUAUGGAUGCUAUACUAUUGCGGGUUAACAGGAACGCCCUCUGUUAGUUAACAUAAUAAUCAAUACAGGGUGACUUCACUGAAACUUCAGGGUUAAUUUUGUAGGAAAUUCGUUAUAUUAUCACCUCCCGAGAGGAAUACGUCGAAUUCAAAGUAUUCACCCUGUAUAUAAAAGAUAAAAAAACUGGCUGAACUGAUCCAGUGGAAAUAGGUCGUAAUAACAAUAAUAGAAGAGUCAUAAGAGUCAAAUAUCUCGGAAGGGACUCCCUUACACUAACGAAGCCAUUAUCUCAUGUUAGAUGAAACGGAGCACCAGGUGCUCGACACGGCGGUAAACAUACAAUCAAAGAAAUUAAUAUGAUAACUUAAUUCCGAAAAUCAUACACAAAAAAUAAAAGACAAAUGGAAUAAUUAAAUAUUACAACAUAAAGGCAACAUAUUGGUUACCUAUUUGCACAAUUUUCCUGAACGUUGACUAUACAAGCUAAUAUGAGGUCACAAAUACAAAAUAAUAUGUGGCCCUAGUUUCACAAGGCAGGCAGACACGAAUCGCGGUCUAAAAUAAGACAAAAUUUCUGAAUAAGUAUUAAUCGCGAAUGGAUACAAUUAUCGAACUGAGCUAAUAAAUUUGCUAGUUUAAAAAUAUAACAUGACUAAGAUUAAGGUAAAAUAUUGAAUAACUAGAAUUUCACGUUAAAACUAGCACCGCCUUGACGUUGGUGACUAGGCAGAUUGGUAUAAUUAUGAUCGAGUUCGCUUCUAGUAGCAAUUGAUUAUGAAUUGCUCGGAACCUAAUCAUCAAUGGUCUAAAAAGUUAUUUCUCUUUUGAUAACUUUGUGUAAUCUCUGUAGUGUAGCGUUCGUAGUUGUAGUGACGAUAAGUUUCGUCAGUAGGUAAUGAUUAGUUUGUGUUAGGUCUUGAUUUGAAAUUUGUCAUAAUUCGUGCCAUCGUUCGCGCAAUCGCGUCGUAUAGGUCGAAUGGAAAGUACUAAAAUUACUAAAUUCGAAAUGUAAGUAUUUAGGAUAUGUAACACUUGCGUGAUAUGAUUAUUGGAAGUGUUUAGGAUACAAGUUGGAAUUAAGUACUACAAUAAGUACCGUACGUCAUAUUGUGCGCGACACGUGUUUGGAAUGGGCCGUUGUAAUAUAAACAAUUGAGUGAAAAUACACAUUGAACACGAUUCUACGAUUGACACCAAUAAAACUUACGACAGAAGCGUGGCUUGUCAGUUCACGCGAAACGACGUGUAACUCGUACUAUUUAACUUACAUGGUAUUUAGAUCCCGUUUCAUUCAUGGUUCAUUAACAACUACUCACUUGCCCACAGAGUGUACUUUGGUUCCAAUUUGUAUGUUUAGGAUUAUUUCUUAGUAAUAAGGCUAGUUUAUAGUAUAUUGCUUAUUAGUGUGGCUGCAGGUUGUCCCUAUUCCUUUAAAAGGGCCUAGGUUUAGUUAGGUAUAGAAAGACAUCAGAAGAUGCAGGUUACUCUUUACCUGAAACAAGAGUUAGGUUAAGUUAGAUUUAAACACGUGUUACCAGACGCGGGUCCCUUUAUAUCCAGGGUUCUUGAUAAUCCAUGAAUCGCAAUUUAUCAGAUCUAGACUCUCUCUUCAAAAUAGUUUUAUUUCAGAUGUACCGUGUGACUGGUGAAAUAGGUUCAAUACUUAUAGAGAGUACUCGGUACUCGAUUCUCGUUAACUUUAUAUAAAAAAAAUAGAUGCUUAAUUUUUUUAUCGAAAUGUCUCUAAAAAUAAAUGAAAUUAAAUUUGAAUAAAAUGUAGGUAGGCAACAGCUGUACAGUGUAGGUACCUAUGUAUUCUGUGUUGAUAGCGCGCUGCGCGAUUCGUACGUCCGCGCGGUGUCCAAGUAUUCCGCAGUUAAAUAAAUAAAUACUGGACUCUCGGUGUACUGUGUACGAAGUUUACUAAGAAGUUAUUUAAUAUUUCAUUUUUAUGUUAUUUUAUUUCAUGAUAUAUGUUCGCAUACUAUCACGUCCUCAAAUAUUGAAGGUAUCUCACCAGUCAUUCUGUAUAUUUAAUCACAUCAUACAUAUUAUGUAAAAUUUGCAAAAAUGAUCGAUGGGUAUGACUUCGUACCAAUCAAUGGAAAUCUUAUUUGAUUAAGAAUCGGGCCACAAACAAUGUGAACAGUAACUCUGUAUAAAGGGAAUUAUUUGUACAUAGUUUUGUUUGUGUGUGUUGUGUGUAGUUGCAGUAUUUAUGUGUUUACAAUUUCGCACGUCUGAAACCGCCUAUUACUUUGAGAAUUCAGCCUCAUUUAGUUUAAUUUCCGAUAAUAAGUACUUCAAAUUAGUAUUAUAAGUUGAUUAAGGUUAUUAUUGUUUAAUUAAUUUUUUAUACUAACCAGACCGCCUGAUCAAAGUUGAUUAAUAUUUCAAUGAAUUAAUGAAAAGUCGACUUGGCAAUCAUUGUUCAUAUUUAUUGUUUAGCAACCAAAUGUGUUUACGCUCUGGUGGUAUACUUUGACCGUAUGUCUUGGAUGUACAUUAAGAGGAAUGUUUGACGAGAUUGACCAGGGGCCUUAGUCUGCUAUUACAAUAGUCCCUCUUGCACUGCUCAAAGAUCGACCAUUCUGACACAAUUGUAAUAGCAGACUAAGGCCCCAGAAUAUGUUCUGCAUUGGCCACGCUACAGUAGUGUUAGUCAAACUAUUGUAAUGUUAACUUUACAUAAGUACACUUUUUAUGGUUAAAAUUAUAAAUUGAUAUUAAUGAUAAAAUUAAAAGAUACAUUAAUUAAACUAAUUCUACGCAAAUUUUCUAGACGAUGGGUUCUUUAACUUUGUAUUUUCUCAAAAAUUUCAUUAAAUACGUCAGUUUACGCCUUCAUUCUGACUGACACAAAAAAUUAACCAUAUUUUGAAUUAAAUUCAAUCAAUUUUAUCUGAUUUUGGAAUAUUUUAAGAGCGGGCGGAUGGUGCUUUUGGCUUAUUUUCUUUUCCCAAUCAACUCUUAACCGAAAUGAAUUGCUCUUUGCAUUAUUAGUUCAGGUGAAAUAGUCUAUUAUCAUUUAUGCUAGUAUAGUCUUUGGCACGUAACUUGGCAAUCUUUUUUUUUAAAUAAUAAGAAAAUUCCGCCAAUCGCUCAGGGAUUGAUCCUCACAAGCAUCGUGCGAUUGACUAUUGAACGUCUGCGUAUUUUUAGUUAAUAAAGUAAUUUUCUUGAAAAAAAUGAUAACAAAAUCUUGCCAAGUUAUCUGCCAACCUUUAUAGAAGGGUAUGUGUAGCUAAUGUUAAUUUGCUACUUCGAUAAUAAAAUUACGGUCGCCACAAGCGCACCUAACAUAUUCAUUGCAAAUGUUUCUGCUCUACUCUCACGAGGUGGUCCUUACACUCCUAGUUACCGCUGACAUGCAAUUCUCCUUAUUCUAAUUGUUUACGUACGAUCUGGUAUCUUCACGCCGAGGGCUGCUAAGCUUCAGUCGCUAACGUCACGCCUAUGCGUGUCUAACAUCAACAAACUUGAUGAAGUUACUCUCAUCAAAAACAAUGCAACGUUACAGCGAAAUAAAUGCUACUCGUAGGGAGAUAGGGCAAUAUUGUACAUUUAAUAAGAACGACGGCCGUCACCGAGAUGCCUUUGUUAUAAUUUAACCCGUGCUUUACUUUACAAGUAAGCAACUAAGUGCAUUAUAUAUUGACGCUUUUUACUUCUAAAUUAAUCUUCUAAGUUGUAUAUCCAAAUAUCGCGGCGCUUCUUGUCUAUUCUGUUUAUUUCCGCCAUCGCACUUAGAUUAAUAAAACUAAUAAUCAUAAGGUAAUAUAUGUACUUACAGAACGUAGGUAUUCAAUUCGUUUGAAUAUUACAUCGUACUUUUCCAUUAGAAGUGUUCAAUUAUCUUCCAUUAGUAACUGAAUCAAAAUCCCAUCUCGGUAAAUAUUUUUCUCGAAUGCCUUUCCAAAACCCUUGUGUAUAGGUAAAUGUGGCGAUAUGCAAUAUUCAUCGCCGGGUACUCGAACUAGUGUUUAAGUAAUUUCUAGUAGUUUGUAAGUAUAAAAGCAGUGAUUCAUUUUGUAGUGCAUGUAAAUCACUGUUUCAUUCCAUUGGCGUAACUUAAUAUCCUAUUCGUGUUUAGAUGUAGGGUGACUUUUUUCUUCUUCAGCUAUAUGGUAAUUAAAUUAAUUUGCAAAGGUGGUCAAAAUUAUUAUAAGUUGCCAUAGCCAUAACGAAGCCAAACCUUAAAACACACCAAAGCGUAUUAAAAUGCAGAUUCUUUAUUUAGGCUUUUCCGUGGACAAAUGAUAUUAACAGCACAAAUUACUAAUGUAACUGACCGCAUAGAAGUAUGUCAAGAAUAAAAUGUAAUAUUUUGUUAAUUGCUUUAUUAUAUAAUAUAUAUGUAUAACAUUGUGGUGCUUGCCUGAAAAAGAAAAAAAUGAUUUUGGCAGAAAACAAAAAUGUAUCAGAUAGAGAACACACAGAACUGAAAUUUCGAUGUGAUAUUAGAGUACGUUCUCGAAUUAUUAUUUUUAGUUUCGCUUCUUACUCGUAUUUGUCACUAAGUGUAAAGCGUGUAUUCCAAAAAACUUUGUAUUCCAUUUUUCUUAAUAUAAUGUACUGUGAGUAAUAAA